AUGGAGGACACAAGUACGACGAUAAUACCCACGGAAGCCAUACUGGCACUAUCCAGAACACACCCGCUAUUCCAAAGCGGGAAUAUAACACUUGGAGAAGAAGCCGCAGCACUCAUCGCAAACACCGUAGAAUUCAAAAUGAAACAAAUCAUACAAACGGCACAGAGAUUCAUGAUCAAAAGCUGUAGAUACGUGGAAAAUGGACCAACACUGCUGCCAAACGAUGUAAGAGAUGCACUCAGAACAUUGAAAAUGGACAACAUUGAUGGAUAUAACAACUGCUACGAUUAUAGAUAUGUUAUAUCAUCCAAACUAUACAAAGGAAAUAGAGUAGUCAAAAGAGAGUCGGCACUGAAAAGUGGAAUGGAUGAAAGGUGCUGGGGAAGACAAAAACUUACAGACGUAGUAACCAAAGAUAUGCAAAAGGCUAUACCAGCACAACCAGCGUUGACAGUGCACUGGACACUAAUCAACGAAGAAGUGCCAGCACUGGCAUCAAAUAUGGCACAGUGCAUCACUGAAAGAUUCAAACAAGUAGCGAAAAAACAAAUCAUACAAAUGGCUGUCGAAGAUAUCAACGUUCUAAAUGCACAAGAUACAGCAAGACAAUUGGCAAGCGUGGGCAAACUAUUAACAAAUAUCAAACUGCCAAUGACAAUAGAUACGCUGUCAUACGAAAACAAUAUAGAAAGAGCUAUACUAGACGCACUGCAAAAACAUAUAACAAACGUAACUGAAAGAAAUACAGAUGACAAAAAUGGAAAACAGACAGCAAUAACAAUACCGAAAGUGGAGCAUAUACUCACCAAGGAACAGAGGUUCUUCCUAAAGGAAAUAAAGAAUACAGUAAAAAAAGCGUCAACAACAAUGGAUCAUCAAGUGCAUGUACAAUUGGGAAAGGUGCUCUCAAUACUCAGAAAGUCACCAGCACUGGAUCAGCUGCUUCCAGAACUUGCAGCAUUCUUUGUUGCGGAGUUGGAACAACCAACAGGAGAUGUUGAAGCUAUACUCAAGUUCGCAGAAGCUAUCACGUCAAACACUAAAAUACAAAUACAUUACCACAUCCACCAACUAGUGGCGCCACUGCUUAAACUCAUGCUAAAACAAGAUGAUAAAGAAGAUAUACAAGCGAUCAACCGUAAUCUGUCUUUCAGGAAACUGGCAGCAAAGACAGUAGGAAACCUAGCAAGGGCACUGAGAGAAUCCAAUACGGGCUUGGAAGGCAUUGACCAAUACCUCAUGAAGUUGUAUAAAAAAACUAUACUUGACCCAAAAUGCUCAAUCACAAUGUUAUACGGAGCCAUGUGCGGUAUUGAACAAUUGCCGCUCACAGCAAAACGCAUUCUGUACUUCCCAAUGGUACCACUGCUGCUGAACAUACUCUUCAAGAAACAUAGACAAGCACACAGGCAAUAUGCAAAAACAGGCUUAAAAUUGGAAGAAUUCAAAUCAUUCACAUGCCAAGAAAUUGUGCAUAUGGCACUUGUAAUCCUAUACGAAGCAUGCUACGAAGAUAUCGUACAGUGCAUACAUGAAACAGCAAACUUCAACAUGUCAUGCGAAGCACAACUCAUGAUCAAGGAAACGCUAGACGGAUAUGCAUGUAAAGCAGUAAACCCAGAAAACUUUAUACCGAUUUAUAACGCAAUAAUAGCACGAUGCUUCGAAACACUAAAGCCUCAAGAAAUAGUGGAACACAAGAAAAAGGAAUAUAAAACGCUACCAGAAAUCGAACAUGCACUGCAAUACUACCAGUUUUAUAAAUCGGAACGAACGAAAAAAAGACAACGGGUUGAAGAAAUACCACAAACGACCGAAACAGACUAUCGCAGCCCAUUGGAACAAAUGACUACAGCGUGGUACAUUGGACAGGCAACACACGCACUGACACUCACAAUAUAGAUCAAGCGCGUGAUGUAUCACGGAUACCAACAAUAGAAUAACAAAAUAUAUAAUGUAGGC